AUGAAUGUCAUCGAAUUCGUCUUCUGCGUUGUUUUCCGGGAUGGUGAUAUUUGCAAAAUCGAUUCUGCAUUCCUCAAUGUGGGUUUUUCGGCUAGCUGCGUGUCCGACCCGGGUAGACCCGGAGCUCGCACUCAGGCGGGAAUGACCUCAGCACUCCUCGGUAUUGGCGAUCGAACACUGCUAGAACUUGAAGUACUCACUGUGAAGAGCCAUCGCAUCAAGAUCCAAAUUGACGAAAGACUCAACACGAUGUUCUCUCAAAACGCAAACAAAGGAACUGGGCCUCAUACGAGGAAGCGGACUGGAAUUCGAGCUCAAUCCAGACUCAGCUCUGCCGGUGCUAGUAUCGCGGCGGAACCUUCACCGACGAUUCAUCCAACAACCUUUCUUGCUCCUCACAGUGGUCAAUCUAGAAAGGGCAGCAUGCCUCAUAGCGCGACAAUCAACGGAAGAAACAGGUCUAUGACCCCUAUGACCCGUGGAAUUCAUACCCUCCAGGCUUUGUCAAUUACCGAAGAACAAACAAUCGCGUUGGAAGAGGGAUUGAAACAAGUGACUCAACCAACCUAUGGCCUAUCAAUUUUACUUCAAGACGAUUUUCAUGUAGUUACAGCCUAUAGUCAACUCCCAAGCGAUGUUGAGCAGAUGCUAUCUGGAUCCGAUUUAAACCUAGAUGCCUUCAAGGCACAUGUCGAUCAUUCCACUGGGUUUGCUUAUGUCUGGUCUCGGGAAGCCUGUCAUGUCUGGAAUUUCGUUAGGCGCACCUCAGCACCUCCAACGUGCUAUGUAUUCCCAUGUCCAAUCUCACGGACUGAGUCCGUUCUGGUCAAUACCUUAGCUCCGCUACCUCUGGCAUCUUUGAUCUCAAUCAGCAGCACAUCUACGUAUACGCGGCGUGAACCUGGUUUGCUACUCGUGUCUCCUACAGGUGAACUUCGGGCAUGGGACUCGCUCUCGUUGGCUCUUUCUGGGGUAGAAAAAUUCGCAACGAUACAAGUCCAGCUACAUGACGCCGAAUUGGUUCGAUGUCUUCAGCCAUUACCUUCAAGUCCCGGCUCGUUCGUUCUCGCUACUUCGCAUUCGCGCCUGCUUCGUAUCGCAGUUUCUCCCGGUGCGACAGGUCGUCCAACUGUCACCUCCAGUCUUAUGUCGCGAGCUCAAACCUGGGGAAGCAAGAUCAGCACUCUGAUGCGAUGGGGACAGACCUAUGAUCCCGCAGCGGGCGUCACUGCUUUGGCUAUCGGGCCUGCUUUGGAGGGUGACACGACUAUGGGCGGAGGCGAAAUAUGGGCUCUGGAAGGUAGAGGAACCCUUCAGAGAUGGAGGAUGGGUCAUAGUGGAAGCGGCGAACGAUUGCUUUCCGACUACGAGAUCAGGCCGAUCAUUUUGGAAAACUUGGUGCCGUAUUCUGAGGUUGAUAUGUUGACCAUGGCAGAGCAAAUCGACCUCAGCUUAUUGGACCUCAGCGUCACAUAUUCCCGUGAUUUGGCGAUCCUGGUCUCAUACGUCGACGCAACAGAGCUACCUGAAGUCUCGAGUUCUAUCAAGCCAAGAUCAUAUGCCAUUAUCAUCUUAGAUAUCAUAUCGACGACCGCGUCGCCCACGGUGACUCAUGCGAUUAAGUUGCAGCAUCGUGAAUAUCCGGAUCCUCGGCUCGAGACUGCUCCAACACUCUCUCUACCCCAUGGUGGACCAGCAGCUUUCAUCUGCUUUCCAGAACGUCUAAUUGCAGUCUCAUUGACACCCGGGACAAAUCUUGAGCAGAUGGUAUCUCUGAAGUCAGGAGCCACCAACAGAAUCAUAGGAGGGGGUACAGAAAGCCUGAGUAUUCAGCCUGUGGGUGAAAGUGGAGAGAAGCUUCCUACUUUGAAAGUUCUGACGACUGCUAGCGGAAUUCUGGAAAUAGAACUCAACCCAUCUGAGCUUCAGAGACCCAUGCCCUUGACUGCCGAGGAGCGCCUUGACAGGGCAACUUUCAAGCUCAAGACCAAACUUGAUCAGGCUGUCUUCUUUGGUGAUAAAGAAGAGAAUCCGAUCGCCUUCACUCUGGAAGCUGAAGCUGAAGGCGAUUUAGGCGCUGCAGCCGAACAAAUCAGCAAAGAGAUACUUAGCUCAAGCGCUAAAAAUCUACCCCCAAUUGUGGAUCUUCGUGCACAGCUUUCCGACCGGUCAUCACGGUUACAUACCCUAAUCAAAUUUGUUAACGCCACAGGAAUGCUCAACAGGUUGUCUCGAGCUUGCAAAAGGACUCUCAUGAGCAAUGCUGAACUUCUCUCGGCUACUCACGCGCUUUGGCUUCACCAAAACCUAAAGAUGAAUGCUUUGUCUCAGUCUCAGAGACCCAAUUCGACAUUUCUUAGUCAAGUAAUUGCAUCGUACAUGAAUAGCACACAAAGGGAUGACGAUGACGAUGUGAUCCGCGGUUUUUUCCGUACCCAGUCUUCAGGUGUCAUCGAUCUUCUCGAGCAUUCUCAAAGUCAGUUGAAGUCAACUUUAUCAAUCUCGUCACACACACCCAAUAAACGUGCUGUUGUCCUCAUCGAAUCCAAUGAAAUCAUUGUGACCGUCUACAGCGCUGCCACCAGCUUCCGUCAAGCCCAUGACAAGAUUUAUGACUUGCGCGAUGAUACAUAUACCUCUCCUUGGACGAGUUUGGUUGCCUUACUCGAUAUUUUGCAAUAUCAUUACGAUGCAACUCUGAACGUUAUACAACAGAGGUUACGUGAUUUCGGACCAACCAUAGACGAAGAAAAUGCUCGCUUUGGAGGAGAAUCACAAGCCAUCAUCUUGGCCGAAGAUGAGGACGAAGAGAUCUGUUGUAAUGACCGAACUCGGGAGUUGCAAGUGAUACUCAAAACGCAACUUGUACAACUAGCCGAAAAUUUAUUGGCCAUGAUGAAUGAGCGGAUAGCGUUUUUGCAGAGUACUUUGGGCGCUUCACAUACUGAAACCAAAGUUUUGAAUGAUCGAUAUUUGCGCGUUCGCCCACUGCUAAUCAUGGGGCUGGUGAAAAUCAAUAAACCGGGCAGAGCAUUCGGAUUGGCAGAAGAGCAACGUGACUUCCGUACACUUGUUGAAUUAUGUCAUAACUCGACAUUUCCUGGUUCGGAACGACGCGUACCCCUUUAUAUCGAGAGGUUCAAGAAAGAAUUUGCGUUUCAACUGUAUCAAUGGUAUGUAGAGCAUGGCCGAUAUCUUGACUUACUUACUCAGGAUGACGCCUAUGCCCCAUUGGUGACAUCUUUCCUCGAUAACACUGACUAUGGGAAGAUCUCAUGGAUACAUGAUCUUGCUAUUGGUCGCUUCGAUCACGCAGCAAGUGUUUUGGUCAAUGAGGGUUUAGCUUCCAAAGAUCUGGAUGAGCAGAAGCUGAUGUUGAGUCUAGGCAAAUUGUGUCAAGUCUCCCAGAUUGGCGUUGAAGAUCUCAAGUCAGAGCAAACCCUCCGUGCUAUCGAAGCUAUUGAUGACAGAUUAGAUAUCGUUGAUGCCCAGUUCCGACUCGUUGGCCUUUGUACCGAUAUACUUGGUUCACAUCCUCAGUAUUCUCUGCAAACAAUCGAUAACCAAAUCGAACUCUUGAAAGAGAAUCUCGCUCCGAAUCUCUCUACUAGACCUGCGUUUGCCCAGCUUUUUGGAAAGUCCAUAAGGCAUAUCCUUGAAGGAAACGCUUUGGGAAUGGAAGACUUGAUCGAUAUGUACAGUUUGAAAGCCAAUUUGGGUGAACAGAUGGAAGACUUCAUUACCGCGCUAGAUGCAUUUUCCAGAGCCAAGGAGCUUGUCCCGGGAAGGGCGCAUCUAGCCUUACAAAGUGUAUGGAGGAGGAUUUAUAUUCAUGAGGAUUGGCAUACCCUGAGGAAGUCCACCAACCUAUCUGACGAGGACGUCACAGCGUGUCUGAAAAGUACAGCGCUGUAUCAUGUCCUGACAAAUGUUUUAAACACAGAUGACCGAAGUGAAUCAAGUCUCCAGAUCCUCUCACCAAAUGAGUGCUUUUUCGAUGCGUCAACAAGUGUGGCUGAUAAUUUAGCAAUACGGUUCUCGGAGCAUUCUACCUUUGAACUCGAACAGCUCGUGGCUGAUUACCAAGAAGAGAACAACAAGUUGGAAGAUUUGAUUGAAAGCGCGGGAUUGAUGGAGUACCAUGCUGAGAUCUUGAGACUUAUACAAGAAAAUGUUCAGGAAGAGUUUGAUGAUUCGGAUGUCACCAUGAAUUGA